UUUUCGUCGGCAUCGCGAUCAGCAACUCAGCCAAGUCAUGAAACUCCUUCUGGUAUCAGUAAUGUUGCUGGUGUUAGCUAGCAGUAUAGCGAUUACCGUUGAGAAUAAUUUUGAGCAACGAAACAGCGCUUUCAUAAAGAAACAUGAUAAAAGAGGUCUAGACGGCUUGACAUAUGAUUUGCAAGAACACCAGGAACACGCGUACGGCCCGCCGAUACCACCACCUCCAGUUUACGAGAUCCCAGCGCCAGACGCUGCACAUCCGGUACCGGGACACAUACCGGAACCGUCGCCUCCUUUCGCCGUUGGACAUCCAGGCGCAGUGCCCUUCCAUGUUCCGCAUCCGGUGCCGCAACCAGUCGCGGUGCCGGUGGCGGUGCCGGUCACCAAGCACAUAGCGUUUCCUGUGCCCGUGCCGAUCCACAUUGAUCGCGCUGUACCGGUGGCGGUGCCGGUGCCCAAGCCGUAUCCCGUCACCAUCGAGAAGAUCGUUCCGGUGGACCGGCCGGUCCCGGUGCCGGUCGAGAAACCAAUCCACAUCCCGGUGGAUCGGCCGAUCCACGUGCCCGUGCCGGUGCCCAAGCCAUAUGCCGUCACUCUCGAGAAGAUCGUGCAUGUGGACAGACCGUAUCCGGUGCAUGUAGCCGUGCCGGUGCACGUGCCAAAACCGUAUCCGGUACCGGUUGCUAUUCACGCUCAUUACAAACCGCACGGCUGGUGACCGGCUUGUACUCGCGUUUUGUUGUAACUGCGAUCGUAUUCUCACUUAUAUUCGUUGCUUAACGUAUGGAUAAUGUUUAUAAUAAUAUAAAUGCGGUGUAUAUUUUUCUGUAGAAUUAUUAUUAAUUAUAUUAUUAUAAUUAAUCUUGCCUGACUGAAGUGUACAUAUUAACUGACGAAAUUUUGUACGCGUCUGUUUUUUUAAUAAACAAUAUUAUUAGA